AUGCACUUCAGCACCGCGACUAUCCUUGCCGUCUUGGCUGCGACUCCUGCCGUGUUCGGGCAGCUUGACGCGAAAAUGAAGUCCAGAGGCAAGAAGUACUUCGGUACAUGCGCGGACUCUGCCCUGCUGUCCAACUCGCAGAACGCUGCCAUCAUUCGCUCUGACUUUGGCCAGCUCACCCCGGAGAACAGCGCCAAAUGGGACGCUAUCGAGCCGUCGAGAGGAAGCUUCAACUUUGGCGGCUUCGACACGCUCGUGAACUUUGCUCAGAGCAACGGAAAGCUCGUUCGCGGACACACAUUCGUCUGGCACUCCCAGCUGCCUUCCUGGGUCAACAACAUCGGGGACUCCGGCACCCUGACCUCGGUCAUCCAGAACCACAUCAGCACGAUCGGAAGCCGGUACAGGGGCAAGAUCUACGCAUGGGACGUGGUGAACGAGAUCCUCAACGAAGACGGCACUCUGCGCUCUUCGGUGUUCAGUCGUGUGCUCGGAGAGAACUUUGUUGCCAUCGCCUUCAAGGCUGCGCGCGCUGCUGACCCCUCGGCCAAGCUCUACAUCAACGACUACAACCUCGACUAUACCAACAGCAAGGUCAACGGCAUGGUCAACCUGGUCAAGCGCCAGAGGGCCGCUGGCACCCCCAUCGACGGCAUCGGCAGCCAGGCCCAUCUCCAGGCGAGCGGACUGCUAGGUGCCAUGCAAGCACUCGCUGGCACGGGAGUACCAGAGGUUGCGAUCACCGAGCUUGACAUCGCCAGUGCAAAUGGCAACGACUACGCUACUGCGGUCAAGGCAUGCACUCAAGUCCCCUCGUGCGUCGGAAUCACGGUGUGGGGAGUGUCGGACAAGGACUCGUGGCGCUCGGGCAGCAGCCCUCUGCUGUUCAACGGCAGCUACCAGAAGAAGGCUGCAUACAACUCUGUGAUCUCGGCCCUGUCGUAA